UUGUUUGUUGAUAAACUACUGGGACAACAGCGAAUCACAGCAUUCCAGUCAAUACGCGCAAUUGCUUUCGAUCAUUGCAGCUAGUUUUGUGGGAAAGCUAUCGUUUUAAAUGAAUUUUAAUGUUACGCUAGUGUUGAAACAUGUAGCCUUGUAUGGUGUGUGCGUUUUCGGUGAUAAACUUACGGAUUUGGUGCAAAAGCCGGCCCUGUUGCGGGCCUGCAUCGACAAUGCCACGCACGCCUUCAUCGGCUGUCUUGCUGCGGAAAUUUUUCUUCAAUGUUUAAAGUAUCACAUUUCCAGGCAGGAAUAUUGUUUUCUACUGUUUGUAGCUACCGCUGUGUCAUCACUAAUCGAUCUGGAUCAUUUUAUCGAGGCAAGGUCGUUUCGUUUACAGGACGCAACCCAUCUUGAUCGAAGACCGUUUCUACACAAUUCUGCCAUAUGUGUAGCGACUUUUGUUCUGCUUAUGCUUACCAAACGUUUGGAAAGGAACAGAUCCAGCCUGUUUGCUGCUGCGAUAUUUAUCGCCUUCAGCACACAUCAUUUGCGCGAUGCAACUAGGCGUGGGAUUUGGAUUAAAACACCAUUUCAGGACAGCAGCAGCCCGGCGGUUCCUUACGUACUGUAUCUUGCGUUUGUAAAUAUCAUUCCACACGUGAUUUGUCGACUUUUGCAAAGCACGUAUAGCAGUGUGCCAAAGUUGAGACUAGUCGAAAUGGUGUAAAUUAUGUGCAGAAAAAAUAAAUAAGAUGCAGUCGUUGUUUUUACAAA